UGAAGAGGUUGUGCUCGAGAGUAUGUCGGUGAUAAAUAGAUAAUAUAUUAAUAGAGAUUCUGUGUGCGACAUAUUACACUCCGUGGAGCGAGAUGUGCGUCUGAAAUGGACUGCUGUUGGACAAGAAGACGUGAUGUGAUGCUAUGUCAAAAGAAGAUUUGGAUAAAGGGAUACUAUAUGAUUAAAACAGAUGCUUGAGAGAAGCGGACGGUAUGGGUGCCAACAUGGGAAAGCCCGGCUCUUUGCUGGACGCUCUGCCUACGCCGGGCGCCACGCUCCACAUUGUGAUGCUCGGCCUCGACUCGGCCGGGAAGACCACUGCCCUCUAUAGGCUCAAGUUUGACCAAUACCUCAACACAGUUCCCACGAUAGGUUUCAACUGUGAAAAGGUCAAAGGAGCUGUUGGCAAAUCAAAGGGAAUCUCUUUCCUUGUGUGGGACGUCGGAGGUCAGGAAAAGUUACGACCUCUUUGGAAGUCCUACACUCGGUGCACCGAUGGGAUCGUCUUCGUCCUCGACUCAGUUGACUUAGAGCGGAUGGAAGAGGCCAAAAUGGAGCUGGCCAGGACCGCACGCUCACCAGACAACGCUGGUGUCCCCGUCCUGGUCCUGGCCAAUAAGCAGGACCUGCCCGGCGCGAAGGAGCCCAAGGAGCUCGAGAAGCUGCUGGGCCUCCACGAGCUGACGCCGAGCCACAUGUGGACCGUGCAACCCGCGUGCGCGAUCACCGGUGAGGGACUAUUCGAGGGGAUAGACUGCCUCUACGAGAUGAUCCUCAAGAGGAGGAAGCUAGCAAAGCAGUCGAAAAAGAAAGGGAGGUAGAGGGGCGCGAGUGAAACAUAACAUACCAAAGCAUCUUUGUCUGAACUGUUGCCUGUCUCCCUCCGGAUCUGUCCUCGUGUGCAUCUGCUUGUAUUCUGUUACGUUGUUCUGGUCCUUUCACUGUUCGAUUAUUGGAGGUAAUAUCUUGAAGAGAGGCAUGGAGAGGGAGAAGGACACCGCGAGAGAAAGGGGUCAAGCUUUCUCAGCUUAUUCUUGUAAAGUUUGGAAAUAAAAUCUCUUUAUAUGUUUAUAUUUGUAUUGAUUUGUCGAAAGAAUUAUCGAUAGUUGUGGAACCUUUGAGUCUAUUUGGCUAGAUAGGCCAGCGCUUAUGUUAAUUCAGUACAAUUUUUAUCUUUCAAAAAUAAGCUUUUUCAGCAUUGACCACACAGUUGAAUCCCGUCUAUUAAGGAAAACGGAAAGCAUACAGGCGUUCUCAGAUGGAUUGUAAUAUUUGUAGUCAUUGUUGUUGUAUAUCUGUAACUUAACCUUUUGCUAAUUCCUUUGUAUGUUGAAUGUAGAGUCCUCACCGUGAUAUUGAAAACACAACAGAAGAAGCAUGUAUUUUCACGUAGGAAUCUGUUUGUUAUUAUGCCCUUCUUUGGUAUAGUUUGUCUCUCUUUGCCUGGAGUAGAUUGCUCACGAUCGCAUCAAGCUUUGUUUCAUUUCUUUUUUUUAUAGCGCCUCAUCUGUGAUUAAUAUGGACGCUUUAUUUUUUGUAUAUUUGUAUAAGGAUUAAAUUUUAAAAGUAAAUAAAAUAAAGUAAAGAAAAAAAAAUGAACGAACCUUAGCAGGUGCUUUCUACUGUUUUCUGCUCAUUUGUUUUGUUUUCUGAAAAAAAUUGUUGCUUUUACUUUGAAGCACGUCGACAGUUACCAAGUCGCUUGCAAAAAGUUUAUAUAUAUUUAUAUUUUAUAAUUGUAUAUUUAUUAUAUAGUUCAAGCUCAAAUAAUGAUAAUUCGACGUUACUUUAUAAAAGCUUUUUUGUUAGUUGUUCUCAAUUUAUAUGCGUUAUUGCUGCAUUUUAGAAUUAUGUUUGAUUUUAAUUAUUCAUAUAUUUGUAUACUUAUCGUAUAAGUGUGUUAGAGAGUUGUUUGAACCUUGGCGUAGGCCUUGAAGGUUUUUUGUUAGCCUCGGCACCACGUUAUUAUCGUCUGGUCCCAGUAUACUGUCCGCUGCUCAGAGGUUCCAUUGAGAAAUAACAUGUCUUUUAUACAUUUAGUAAAUUUCUGGCUGCUUUUCACUUUGUCAAAUAUAUUGAUCACUCAUUCUCGAUUGCAAAUAGAAUUUUCAAAAACAUAAUCCCAUAUGUUAAGGGAAAAAAUAUUUAUUUUUAUUGUUAGUUUGUUGCAUAAUAAUGUAUUAUUGAUUUAGUUUAAUAUUGUUAAUCAUUGUUUGUAUUGUGCUUAUCGUAGCAAUAAGUGAUGAUUUCAGUUGUCAUUAAUUAGGAUAGCACUAUUUCCCACUGGCAAUAUACCCAGCACCGACUUCUACUUUAAAAAAAAAUAAAACAAACAAAAAACAUGUUGCAUUGUAAAUAUUGAGACAAUAACAUUUAGCAUAUGUCGUUGAGUUGGCGCUGAGACCCCUUAAUUGCUGUGAAUUUGUACCAAUUUGUCUGUUUUAUAUUGAGUUUAUUGUACAGUGUAUUUACUCUGCUAUAUUAUUAUUAUUAUCAUAAUUAUUAUUAUUAUUAUAGAUACUUGUAUAACAAUUAUCAGUUGCCAUUUGUGUGUUUUGUUUUUUGUUUGAGAGUUUUUUGUAUUAUUAUUAUUUUAUAUAAAUGUUACUAUAUGGUUAUCAUUUUCGAAGUUAAAAUAAAGAAAAAAUAUUAUUAAUCUUUCAAGAUCACUGACUGACUAAUAGUUAAUUAUUAUUAUUGUAAUACGGAGUUGUAAUAUGUAAUAUAUGAUAUAUUUAUUUUAAAUGCACUGCGAAGCCUGUAUCGAUUGGUGAAAUAAAAUUAGAUUUUAUAUAUCAAUCCACUGUAAAUUAUGUCAUAAAUAUAGAUAAAAUUCUUUACCAAAAAAUUGU